AUGUUCUUGCGGUUCGGAAUAUGUUUGAUAUUGUUCAUAUUCUUGAAUCAACAUGUGACAGCCUCCUACAAAUCGUAUGACGGGUAAGUUAUAAUUUCACUUCUUCAAAUUUUCAGCGAAUGUAUUUUUCAGCUAUAAAAUCCUCGAAGUCCCAUUCAAACAUAAAAUCGCAAAACGAUAUGUUCAAAAUAUUGACAAACAUUUUGGGUUCAUGGUGAGUUGCUACAAAAUAAGGUUGAACCAAACACAAUUUUUUGCAGCCCGAUUUUUUGGGGGAAAAUUGGAAGAAGGAGGAGGCUCAUUUUUUCAUAGAAAAAGAUCAAGUUGCGAAAGUUGGUGAUGCGUUGAAAUUUUCGAAUAUUUCGUUCAAUUUACGAGGUUUGUAAAAGGAAAUUUUUCAUCUUAUUUUCUAAUGUCUAGAUAGAUGUCUUUUGAGAAAGAAUAUUGUGCCAAAUUUCUGUUAGAGAUCGAAUUUCAAAAUUCAAAAAAAAAAAACCUUUUUGUUGUUAACUGUACUUUGUAGGCUUUUCGCGUUUCCUAAUCUCAAAAACAAACUUUACAGAUGUCGACUCAAAAAUGUUCACAUUUUCUCGAAAACGCCGAGAUCUUGCAAAUUCGCCUAUCUCCAUCACUGAUAUCAAUACCAGAUAUUUGAGUUAUGAUGAACAAAUACAAUUUCUUAAUAAUUUGGCAUCACAAUUCCCAAACUUGGUGAAACUUCAAAAUCUUGGAAAUUCAUAUGAAGGAAGGCCAAUCACCGCAGUUCGUCUAGGAGAUGAUGGAACAAAUAAACCGAUUGUUUGGAUUGAUGCUGGAAUUCAUGCGAGAGAAUGGAUUUCUUAUAAUGCUGCAUUGUAUUUUAUUUGGACUAUUUUGAAUGAUCCAAAUUAUCGCCAACUUUUGCAAAAUGUUCAAGUCAAUGUUGUUCCAAAUACAAAUCCAGAUGGAUAUGAAUAUAGUAGAACAACAGAAAGAAUGUGGAGAAAAACUAGAUCUCGAUUUACUUCGAGUAAAUGUGCAGGAACUGAUGGAAAUCGCAAUUAUCCAUUCUUCUGGGGAAAUGAGGGAGUUAGUCAUUCGACAUGUAGCGAAAUUUAUUGUGGAACUCGAGCUGCUUCAGAACCCGAAGUUCUCGCAUUAACUAACGCAAUUAUGAGAGAGGAAAGAAGAAUCAAGGCUUAUGUAUCACUUCAUUCUUAUGGUCAAGAAAUUUUGUAUCCAUGGGGGCACACAAAAAAUAGUCAUCCAUCAGAUGUUCAAGAUCUCAUUCGAGUUGGAAAAAUGAUGGCGACUGCUAUUCAAAAUUUGCACGGAACUCAAUAUAAUGUUAUGAAUAGUGGAGAUGGAUUAUGUGAGUUUUAAGAAGAGAAGGGAUAAUUCGGAGAAAAAUGUCGAUUUCAAUAAAAAUAGCCGAAAUACUGGGCCAAGCCAUUUUCAAUCAAAUUAUCUUUUCAGAUCCGGCUGCUGGAGCAUCUGAUGAUUGGGCUAAAUCCCGUGGAAUCAAAUACUCAUUCACAAUGGAAUUAUCACCAUCUGAUGACUACACUGGAUUCAUUCUACCGGAAGAUCGAAUUUUCCAAGUGAAUCGAGAAACUUUCCAAGCUCUAACAACAUUAGUUAGAGUUGUAUCACAAGAAUUUGCAAAUAGAACAACAACUUCUACUACUCGAAUUUCGGCGAAAUUUCAGCGAACUCGUGGUUUUGGAAGUGGAAAAUGA